UCUUGGAAGAGUGAACAAAGGGAGAACACCAGCACUGAGACAUCCAGAUGGAGAUGUCAAACGACCCAGUGAGAGAUUUCAAAUGAGGUGAGAAAACGAUUAGCUACUGAACCAUUAAUGACUCUUUCAAGCUGGUGCUGGCAGAGCCAACAUGAGGAUGACUGAGCACAGCAGCGGUCACAAUAGGCUUGUCAGCCCCCAAGGAAAUAAGCUCAAUUGCCAAAAUGCUUACAAAGAAAGCACUGGAGCAGGGAUGAAAAGAAUGCAGAAACGAUUUCUCCACAAGGAUGGGAGCUGCAACGUGUAUUUCAAACACAUCUUUGGGGAAUGGGAGAGCUACAUGGUCGACAUUUUCACCACGUUAGUGGACAUAAAGUGGCGCCAUAUGUUCGUGAUCUUCUCUUUGUCCUACAUCCUUUCAUGGCUGUUUUUUGGCUUGGUCUUUUGGCUGAUAGCCCUCCAUCACGGAGAUUUAUUGCGUAAUGCAGACAUCAACCCUUGCGUUGCUAAUGUCCACAGCUUCACAGGAGCAUUUUUAUUCUCUCUCGAAACCCAAACUACCAUAGGUUAUGGCUUCCACUGUGUCACUGAAGAGUGCUCUGUAGCCAUCCUCAUGGUGAUCCUACAGUCAGUAUUAAGCUGUAUUAUUGACACUUUCAUAAUUGGAGCUGCUUUGGCUAAAAUGGCGACAGCUCGAAAAAGAGCUCAGACCAUCCGUUUCAGCUACUACGCUGUUGUAGGCUUAAGAGAUGACAAGCUUUGCCUCAUGUGGCGGAUAGGUGAUUUCCGGCCAAACCACAUGGUCGAAGGCACAGUGAGAGCCCAGCUUCUGCGCUACAAGGAAGAUAACGACGGGCGAAUGUCGAUGGAAUACAAGGACUUGAAGUUAUUAAAUGACCAGAUUAUACUCAUUACACCAGUGACCAUUGUGCAUGAGGUCGACCGUGAGAGUCCUUUGUAUGGUUUGGAUCGGAAGGCUUUGGCCAGGGACAGCUUCGAAAUCCUGGUUACGUUCGUCUACACUGGAGAUUCCACUGGGACGUCACACCAGUCGAGGAGCUCCUACAUCCCUCGAGAAAUUCUCUGGGGCCAUAGGUUCAAUGAUGUCUUACAGGUGAAGAACAAAUACUACCGAGUAGACUGCAUACAGUUUGAAGAAACCACGGAGGUUUAUGCUCCGUAUUGCAGCGCAAAGCAACUGGACAGGAAGGAACAAGAAUGGAACAGAAUUGAGAAAACGCUGGAGAAGGAAACAGGUUCAUCAACCCUGGGAGUCAAGGAGAAAUCAUUUAGUGCUGUUGCCCUGAUUAGCCAUUUUGAAGAACUAGACGACCCCAGGAAAGCUGUCAAGCAAGCUUCGACUGAAAUACCUUAUCAGAAGACUUCAGUGACUUUAAGUAGACGCUCAUUGGAGUCUCAGAUCUAGCUGUUCACUGCAAUUAAAGUUACUGCCAUCAAAUUUUCCUGAAAGCAUCCCUAAGACAUCAAGCUCAUUCACAAGUAUUACCACAGAAUUAAUUCUAACAGUAUGCGACUGCAGUGUAGACAAACAUUGAACAUAGUCAUCCAGUAUGACGUCCGCCCUGCAGUCCAAAUAGUCAGUGCUGCCUGUUUGAUUUAGAAGCUGACUUCCCAAUUAAUUGGGAAUUGGCUACCCAUAUUUUAUGUGAGGCCUAGAAAGUUCCAUGCAAUUCUUUCCAAUAAAUAAUGAGAAUACCCCUUCAAUUUGAAUUGUGCAUUUGAAUUUUUAAAAUUCUUUUUAAACAGAUUUUUAAUUGGUAUAGUAAGUUUGGAGUGCUGUUGUAGCCAGAAUAGUCGAGGAAAUGUCAAGAGGCAAGGCUUUUUUUUGUGCUAUCUUUCACUGAGCCAGCUGUAUAUUUAGGAGAGCUGUUGGACAAGCUUUUGGGCACGUGCCCAAAAGGUGUGCAGCAGGUCUCUCAGCUGCAACAGGUGGUCCAAUAAAAGAUCUCACAAAAAAGAUCAUUUUUCAGUUGAUAUAUAGAGUGAUAGAAAGUUUAGAAAGUUCUAAUUUUUGGUGGCCAAAAUAUUUUGCAGUAAUCAAUUCAUUUAUAGUAAAAUCAAUCAGGACUCACAGUUUUGAUGAUCUCUUUUAUUAGACCAACAAGAUUUUUGC